AUGCCAAAUCUCUGGAUAGCAAAUCAGUAUAUCUUAGAGAAUCACGGAGAUAUGAUACCAUACCUAACACAUCCUAUCUUUCCCGAGUUUAGAUGGCAUACCGUAUCCAAGACUUACUGGGCAGCAAGGAAGUUUAUUAAAUCUUCGCCCCUGUCGGAUGCCAUUUUGGGCUCGGAUCCGACUUACAAAACUGUCCCGUACUGUGAAUCAGAUGUCGAAGUAAUCGCCACCGGCAUGGUGUACAAGCCAGAAUUCUUGAAAUACUCGGAGCAAACAUCAUUUGCUAACUUCAACUGGAGCCAAAAAGGACCGUAUGACCUAUGCAGGAUCACGGAAGAGUACCGCACGACAAGCAACUUUGAUAUUCUGGCAUCCAUUGGUGGUUUGCUUGCACUGUUGCAAGGAAUACAUGUACUUGUGUUCGGGCGUCCGUUGUUUUGGGGAAUGUUUGGCGCGAAACUUAUAACGCCGUUCGGUCUCGCGGGUAAACUGGCUACCCAGGCGUUCAGAGAACGACUACAACAGCAAUAUCAUCGUCGAGCGGAACCACAAGACUCGACAAAGACGACACAGGAAUCGGGCACCGAAGAAUCUGGGUCCAGAGUCGAAAUCGACAUGACUCGGUUCCUUCUUGACUAUGUCAUCGAUAUGGGCCCGGCUUCACUGCCAAGUCCUCCUCAGGAGAAGCAAAACAGUGAGACCGACAGCAGCGAUUCUGAAGACGAGGUCAGCUACCAGCGUGUCCGGGGGCUAGUAAAAGAGGACGGGGUGGAGGCUACAAAGCUUGAAUGGGAGAGUGGAACGAUUGAACCGGCCAAAAGCGAAAACCAGGUCUAG